AUGUCGCUAUUCAGAACACUCCAGCACUCUCCUGCAACAUUGACCAUCUUCCACGAUGCCACCAUUCCUCUUUCCAACAUCCUCUACAAGGCAUUGAGCAGAGCUCAUUUCAACCUCAAGGACAACUCAAAGCACGAGUUCCAGAUCGAUUUGAUGCAGAACAAGAUGCCUACCUUAGAUCAAUACCAGUCACUUGUACGCAAUUGUCUUCCUGAUUCGCGAAGCAAGUCGAUUUUGCAUGGAUGUUAUCCAUUUUUGCACGACAGAAGGACUCUGGGCUCGUCCCACUCAGAAAUCGUCACCACUCGAGGCUUGGGCCACCACAGAGGAACCUUUUCCGAGGGUGAGUACAGCAUUAUCUACGACGCAUUCAACAAGCUACACGAGGGUAAAGCUACUGGUAAAGUGGACAUCGAACCCUCCGAAAUCUUCAGGGCACCUUUGGUGGUGGACUGGGAUCAGAACAAGAUAGCGAACGACGAAGAGUCAUUGGUGGAAAUCUUACAAAAGUACACCGCAGAGUAA